GCCUUUGAUAUCAAGUAUUACUGUAGACAGUGAUGGGAUGACUAUGACUUUGUUUUAUAAGAUAGGCGAAAAGUAGAAAGGUAGAAAAGUCGACAGUACGACAGAUCAUAGAGGCGAAAAGUAGAAAUUAUGAAUGGUAGUUAUAGGCGUCCAUAGAUGACGGUUGUUUUUUGUGUGUUGUAAAUGUUGUCUGGAUACUCAAGACACGGUUCAGGGGCAUUAUAUAGGCCAGACUUAGAUAGCAAUGAAGGCAUUCUGUUGAUGAUAUAGCCGAAGGACAGUUUAUUUUUAAACAAGUUUUGAACUUUGUGAAAAUGUCGCAGAAAUCUUAUGUAACAGGGUCGGCUUAUCCACCAUUGGAAAAUGGAGUUCUUAGAAUUUACAGUAUGAGAUUCUGUCCUUUUGCUCAGAGGUCAAGACUUGUUUUACAACACAAAAACAUUCCCCAUGAAAAUGUCAAUGUUUCAUUAGUGAAGAAACCAGAAUGGUUUUUGGAGAGAAAUCCAUUUGGUUUGGUUCCAACAUUAGAGAUUGAUGAUAAAGUUAUAUAUGAAUCUAACAUCUGUAGUCAAUAUUUAGAUGAUGUUUAUCCUGGUGACAAAUUAACACCAUCUGAUCCUUAUCAAAAAGCACGAGAUCAGAUGCUUAUUGAUACUUUUGGAAAGGCAGUUGGGCUUUAUUAUAAAAUUUCAAGGACUGGUGAAGACAUUGAGGAAUUCAAGAAAAGUUUAGAAAGAUACGACAAGGAGCUUUCAAAAAGAGGCAAAUAUUUUGGAGGAAACAAUAAACCGUGUAUGGUUGACUUUGCACUUUGGCCAUGGUUUGAAAGAUUGGAGUUACUUGAAGAAAAGGGUUUUAAACUAACAGAAGCUGAGUUCCCUAACCUGUCAGCCUGGGUUAAAACAAUGUAUCAGUUACCAGCUGUCAAAGCCAUCAUGUUUGAUAGAGAAAGUCAUAUGCGUUUCAUAAAAUCUUACAAAGAAGGGAAUCCAGAUUACGAUUUUGGUUUAUGAAUCAACUCAAAAGUCUGAUUAUUCUUGUGUAUUAUAUUACAACUUUAUUUUUAAUUUAGAUAACCUGAUAAACAACCUCAAAGUGAAAUGUACAACAAAACCUUCUAGAACAAAGGUGACUCCUCAAUAUUUUAAACUAAGAACACAAAGAAUAAAUUCCACUAAACAUAAGAAUCAAAUCUAUCAAACCCUAAAGUCAUGUGUAUAUAUUUUAUGUUGUAGGUGUGUUUACAAAGACUUCUUUAGGGAUGAAAAGGGGAUAUUACUUGUAAACCCCUCAUCAGAAAUUGGUGUUGCAAGUCAAUUUCAAAACAUUGUAGAUAUUUUAUUAUGCUAUAUUUACUCUUCUCUUUUUAUAAAAACAUAAUAAAAACCUA